UACAUACAAUUAUAGUGUGUGUACCUGGUGAAAUUUUGUUUGUUUAUACACAAUGUGAGACAUUUUAAAAGACGGCAGGAUCUGCUAGGAUGAAGAAAGUUUUAUUACUUAUGUUGACGUUUGGAGUCUGCAUAUUUGUUUACAGUUUCUUAAUUGACUGGAAUACCAUGUACGGCGUUAUCAAAGACAAACUUCCAAAGAUCAAUCAAUUUGGGCAGUACAGACAUCACACAACAACGGAUAAUAACACCAGUCCUGAGUCAUUCCGGACAAAUGACCAGAGUCUUACAACAGGGAAAAUAAUUGUUUCGACAAAAUUACUGAAUAAACUAUAUUUAGAAAAAUCCCUAAUGCCUGGCAACUUAACAAAUAGCAUAGUAACUACUACUCAUUUCCCUGUAAAGGAGAAUUUGGCGAAGAAUUACAUAACUAUAGCAUUUCAAGGUCGUCUAGGAAAUUUACUGUUUGAAUAUGCUUCACUUUAUGGAAUUGCCAAACACCAUAACAUGAUACCAGUUAUUGACGAAAGAUGCCAUUUAAAGAAAGUUCUAAAGAUAUCUGCUAUUUCCUGUCAACAAUUAGCAAAUGUUAAACGAUACAAUGAAGUAAAGGGUUGUACAUUUGAGAAUAAUGCAUUUAAUCUGGACAGGCAAUACAACUGGACUCUCAAUGGAUACUUUCAAAGUUGGAAAUACUUUGUUGAAAAUAGUGAACAGAUAAGAAAAGAAUUACAAUUUAAAGACAGUAUACAGCAUGUGGCUUCUAAUCAGUUUCAUGAAAUUCUAAAUUUAAAAGGUAUAUCAAACACAUGUACUUAUAUUGCUGUACAUGUGCGUCGCGGUGAUAUGGUGCACUCUUCUGUUAUGACGAAAUAUGGAUACACAUCAGCAGACAAACGUUAUAUUGAUGAUGCAAUGGCAAGUUUUCAGUUAAACUAUUCAAAUCCCUUCUUUAUUUUUUCCUCGGAUGACAUAUCAUGGUGCAAGACUCAUUUUACCAAAGAGAACACUGCAUUCAUUCUUCAGAAGAAUUCCCCGGAAGUUGAUAUGGCAAUAAUGACAAACUGUAAUCAUUCUAUUAUUACAACUGGAAGUUAUGGCUGGUGGGUAGCAUGGUUGAUAGGCGGUAAAACAAUUUAUUAUAAAAAGUAUCCAGUCAAAGGAUCUGAACUUGACAAAGUAUUUAAUUCUGAAACAUAUAGACCUCCGUCAUGGAUUGCCCUCUAGCUAUGACAAGCUGUUUGAAUCUGAAACAUACAGACCUCCGUCAUGCAUUGUCCUCUAGUUAUAACAAACUAUUUAAUUCUGAAACACAUAUAGAACUGCGUCAUUGAGUGCCCUCUAGCUAUAACACACUAUUAAUUUCUGAAAUAUAUAGACCUCCGUCAUGGUUAUCCUCCAGCUGUGACAAUUUUUUAUGCCCCCGCCGUAGCGGAGGAGGCAUAAAGUUUUACCCUUGUCCGUCCGUACGUCCCAAAUUUGGUUUCCGUUCGUUAACUUUAGUUUGCCUCAACCAAAUGUUAUGAAACUUAUACACACUGCUUAUUACCAUAAGAUACAGAUCAAGUUUCAAAUUGGGUGGCGUCACUUUUACAGUUCUUGAGUUAUGCCCCUUUCUAAACAUAAAAAUUGCUGAAUUUUCGUUUCCGCUCUCUAACUUUAGUUUGCCUCAACCAAAUGUUAUGAAAUUUAUACACAAUGCUUAUUACCAUAAAAUACAGAUCAAGUUUCAAAUUGGGUGGCGUCACUUUUACCGUUCUUGAGUCAUGCCCCUUUCUAAACAUAACAAUUGCUGAAUUUUUCGUUUCCAUUCUCUAACUUUAGUUUGCCUCAACCAAAUGUUAUGAAACUUAUACACACUGCUUAUUACCACACCACAAAAUACAGAUCAAGUUCGAAAUUGGGUGGCGUCAAUUUUACCGUUCUUGAGUUAUGUCCCUUUCUAAACAUAAAAAUUGCUGAUUUUUUUCGUUUCCGUUCUAUAACUUUUAAUUAUAAAUUAGUUUGCCUCAACAAAAUGUUAUGAAAAUUAUACACAAUGAUUAUAACCAUAAAAUACAAAUCAAGUUUGAAUUUUGUGGUAUCACUUUUACCGUUCUUGAGUUAUGCCUAUUUACAAAUGGAAAAUUUGCUGAAUUUUUCGUUUCUGUUCUCGAACUUAAGUUAGCCACAACCAAAUCUUAUGAGACUUAUACACAAUACUUAUUACCACAAAACUCAGAUCAAGUACAAUUUUUUUAAUUCUGAAACAUACAGAGCUCCGUCAUGGAUUGCUCUCUAGCUAUGACAAACUAUUUAAUUCUGAAACAUACAGACCUCCGUCAUGGAUUGUCCUCUAGCUAUGACAAACUAUUUAAUCCUGAAACAUACAGACCUCCGUCAUGGAUUGUCCUAUAGCUAUGACAAACUAUUUAAUUCUGAAACAUAUAGGCCUCUGUCAUGGAUUGACCUCUAGCUAUGACAAACUAUUUAAUUCUGAAACAUAUAUAGGCCUCUGUCAUGGAUUGACCUCUAGCUAUGACAAACUAUUUAAUUUUAAAACAUACAGAGCUCCGUCAUGGGUUGCCCUCUAGCUAUGACAAUCUAUUUAAUUCUGAAACAUAUAGGCCUCCGUCAUGGAUUGCCCUCUAGCUAUGACAAACUAUUUAAUUCUGAAACAUAUAGACUUUCGUCGUGGAUUUCUAUGAAGCUGUUAUAUCUUAUAUACUGAAAUGUUAAAGGAAUGUUAUUAGACACUUAUAUAAUUAAGGAUCGAAUCGAGCAGGAAAAGGUUGCAAGCUGUCUGACAAAUUGUAAUUUGUUGCUGUUUUAUUCGCUGACCUUUUUUCCUGUCUAUUUUGCUUUUAUAUAAUAUAGUACUGUAUAGAUUUAAGAUAAAUCCCCGCAUUCACAAUUUCUUUUGAAAGAGUAUUGACUACAAUGAAGUAAAUCGUGCGUUAAAACAUGGAAAGUAAAAUUUGUAUAAUUAAUUAUAUAUAGUUGUGAGAGUGUCGAUAAUGUAUCCAGGAGUCAGAUCAAUGGACUAGAUCAAAGCGUUUACUACCGACUGUUUAUAUUUAUUACAAAAUUAAACAUUUGUACAAAAUUUACUGUUUCAUAUGAUGACUUGAGGUCUAUUCCUAUCUGCAUAAAAUAUGCAGCAUUCAUUGUUAACAUAUUAAAUUUACUUAUGA